UAAAUAAAUCACUGCAACUUAGCUAAUUAUGUUUCUACUGGAACUUUUUUAAUCCAUUUAAAUUUUUGGGUCAAAUUCAUACCCCCUUUUUGUACAAUUGAAAAACUGGAAUGACGUUUCGAUACCAGAGAUGUCAAUUAAAAGAAAUAAAACAUCUAUGCAUCGUAUACUAUUUAGACAUCGAGUGGAAAUUUUUCGAUGUAUCGAUGUUUUUCCGACAUCACUAACCUUAAUCAGCUGGUUGCGAAACAUACCCAUUGGUUUUGAUAAACUUCUUUUACAAACGAAAAUAAAGAAAAAUUUUGGGAAUCUGGUUAAAGAGGCGACUGUUCAUCAAUUUCUGCGAUUAUUUUUGUUUUAUACAUUAUCUUUCGUGAAUGCAGCUCAAAGUGAUAAGAUCCCUGUUAUGGCAUUAAAAGUAAUUUCGCUAUUUUUCGCAUGUUAUCUGCAAUUGUUGCUGCAUCAGCAAUAUCCAAAUUUGGUUGCUGGCGAAAGUGUUGCAAGUACAACGUCAUCAUUGCCAAACAAUGGCUCUAAUAUUCCCAUAAUAAAGUAUCAAAUUACAAAUACGCCUAAUGUCGGCGAGAGGUUACUUCAGGAUGUGAUAAAUGGAACUACAGGCAAAGAAACUGGUGAUAAAGUGCAGAGUCGCAAAAUAACAAACACGGAAAAUGUACCAAAACCGACAGAAAUGCAAGACUCCUUAAAGGGAGAUAUUGUUGCACCGGCAUUAUCAAUAAAUUCCAAUAGAACCGGUCCAAAUUUAGUUGAGAUCGCACCAAGUAUAGUUGUAGAUAUGAAUACCCUUCAAUCUAAUAGAUCAAAUUCAAUUAAGUAUAAUGCCACUAAAAGUGACAACAUUACUACAGGUAAUCAAAACCAUACCAAUGAAGGCAUUUACAUAAAUUCCACAAAAUCUUUGAAUCCAACAAGCGUGGUAAACAAAACUAUAACAACUACACUUGCACCCGCAGCUGCCAAAAAUGAUGUUGUUGCGCAAACUGGUAAUGAUACCCUCGAAGUAAGAUCUACAAAAAGCACAAUCACAAACACUACAACUACGACCAAAAUAAUGCCAACAACGACCAAAACAAAACCAACAACAACAACCACUACCACGCCGAAACCCAAAAAACCAAGCAUAACAUUUGGAUUAGGCGAUUUUCCACAUUUGCCAGGAGAACCAUUCGUUAACAAUAAAAAGCCAGAAUCAUCUAGCUCUAAAUUGCCAGAAUUAAGCGAGCCUGUCGUACUACCGGAUGCGCAGCCAUCACAAGAAUUAAACAACGGAUUCAAUUAUCACAGCAGCCGCGAUAUUAUUGUACCUAUUAUGACAGUCCUCUUCACAAUACCUUUGGCAAUAGGAGUGGUAAUUACCACUUAUCGUCGCUUCCGCGAUUGUUGGUCAACGCGACAUUAUCGCCGAAUGGAUUUCUUGGUCGAUGGCAUGUACAACGAUUGACAACUGAUUACCGAAGAAUGUACCGAUGAUGCGGUGCAGAAGUAUGAUACGGGGGCAGAAGUUGAAAACGCUGUAGACGUUGCUCAGCAAUUAAUGCAGUAGCGCACAAUUAUAACAAUUUAAAGAAGUUGUAGUAUUUUUCAGAGUGAGAUUCACUAUAAGUUUAUACGAAUUUUCAAUGUACUUUAAACAUAUUGAUGCGUGUACUAUAUAUUUCAGAAAAAAUUUUAAAUUGCUUUAAUUGUCUUACACUUAAUGAAUGCAUUUAAUUUAUAUGUGAAAAAGAAAAAUGUCACACUUAAGAGCAUAUUAUAUCUAGAUUUCAAAAUUUGUAUGUGGCCAAAUUUUGUUCGUAAGAUCUUUUCUAUAGAAUUAUGGUACAUACUCGUAAUUGCGGAUAUUGAAUUUUAUUACGAAAAUCAAUGAUAUACAUAGUAAUACAAAUCAUAAGUUCUAAGGAUAUUUUGCAAAGCAAACUCUCAUGUAAUCAUUUUAUUUAUGUAUGUACGUGUAGUACUCAAACCUUGCAAUUAUUAUAAAAAAAAACAUUUUUUUUUUUAAGCUUGAAAACUGAAAAGGCAUUUCCAUGUAAUUCAAUUGAAAGAAGCAUUUAUGCAAAGUAUGAACAACCGUUAUCGAUUCGCCACUUCUAUGUCCGCUAUGUUUGAGUUCCG